AUGUUCUUACAAAGAUUGGGUACGAUAAGUCAUUUCAGAAACAUUGGUAAACUAAACUCAAGGGAACAGUACAUUCGAACCGUUCAUAAUGCAUUUACUCCAUCGACAAUUCACCUUCCAACGAUAUAUGCGUUAGCUACCCCUGCUGCUCAAAAAUCUGCAAUCGCAGUGAUCAGAAUAUCAGGAAGUUCUUCCCGAUACAUAUAUCAUAGAUUGACAAGAAGAAAGAAAGAUCCUACACCUAGAAUGAUGAUGCUUCGAAAUCUAUAUAAACCAACUAAGGAUAACUUAACGAAAAAUUUGUUAGACCAAUCACUUGUUAGUUUAUUCCCUGGACCACAGAGUUUUACUGGAGAAGAUACAUUAGAAUUGUAUAUCCAUGGUGGAACAGCAGUUGCACAAAGUGUUCUUGAAUCAAUUGGAAAGUUAAACGAUAGGUCAAACAAUAUUAAUAUCCGAUAUGCUGAAGCUGGUGAAUUUUCUAAACGUGCAUUUCAGAAUCAAAAAUUUGAUUUAACUGAAGUUGAAGGUAUAAGGGAUCUUAUUGAUGCAGAGACAGAAUCACAAAGAAAUAGUGUCUUAUGUAGUUUUAAUGGUUCAAAUAAAAAAUUAUUUGAGAACUGGAGAAAACAAUUAGUAAAUAAUGAAGCUCAGUUAACAGCUGUAAUUGAUUUUGGAGAUGAUAAUGAUAUAGAUUCAGAUAAUUAUAAAAUAUUUUCUAAUGUUGAAUCUAGUGCUAGAAUCCUUAAGAAGGAUAUUGAAGAUUUCGUCACGAGAGUUGAUAGAGCAAAUUUAUUACAACGUGGACUAAAAUUGGCAUUAAUAGGUGAACCUAAUGUUGGAAAAUCAUCUUUACUUAAUAUUUUAGCUAAAGAUGAUGUGUCUAUAGUAAGUAAUAUCCCAGGGACUACCAGAGACACUAUUGAUAGAGUGAUUGAUUUAGAUGGUUAUAAAGUAAUUUUUUGUGACACUGCAGGCAUUAGAGGAAAUACUGAUGAUGAAAUAGAACAAAUAGGUAUUGAAAGGGCCACUUUAAAGGGUGAACGAAGCGAUGUAUGUGUGAUUGUUGUAGAUGCAUCUAAAGGCGGUAUAACAGACCCAAAGAUUAUUGAUUUAGUUAACUCUGAAACAUUUAAAGAAAAACCCUUAGCAAUUGUCUUGAAUAAAAUUGAUUUAUUGGAUUCAGAAAGGAUCGAUAUAAUUAUGGAUCAUCUAAAGAAUACUUUCAAAGGUAGGGGUGCAGUUUUGCCGGUGUCUUGUAACACAGGAGAAGGUAUUGAAAUACUGGUCACUGAAUUAAUCCAAACAUUCAAAGAUAUGGCUUUAAUUGAUGAUCAAAAUAGUGCAAUUACUGUCUCACAAAGAAUUAGGGAAAUUCUUCAUAAUGAUGUUUUGUAUGGCCUUGAUGCAUUUUUAAUGUCCAAGAAAUUGGGGAACGAUCUAGUUAUGGCAUCUGAGGAUUUAAAGUAUGCCAUUGAUGGAAUCGGUAAGAUUACUGGUUCAUAUGUUGGCGUUGAAGAAGUCCUUGGAGUUGUCUUUUCGACAUUCUGUGUUGGUAAAUAG